CAUACGUACAAUCAAUCUAGCGCCCGUGGGACGCUUACGAGGGAAACGCGCUCAGGAAAGACGGCUUGCAUCAAGGCUAAAACACUGAACAUGUUGCCAGUCUUCUCCUUGUUAACAGCAUCAAUCUCUUGGUGUUCAGAGCACAAGACAGCUCAUCUCAUUGCACCAACAGACGAGGGCUUGUGUGUUGUAUCCUUCUCAGUGUGCCAUGUUUUCUACUUUGGAACCGGAACUGAAGUUCCAGAUCCAAGAGGGUCGGGGGAGUGCAGGUUUGAAAGAAAUGUGAAGGACAUCCACUCAGUCUUGGAGGGGACGGUGUAUGACGAAGAUAAACACAGCAGUCUGGAUUUCCUGGUCAAAGUGGAGAUCCUGCUGCUGAGGGUUAAAAAGGGGAGGAAAUUCUACACCUUGAAGGAGAAAAAGUUGUGAAGACUAGCUAAGGGCACCAUCUUGCUGCAAAUGGACUUUGUCUUCAACAGCGUAAGCAUGUCUAACCAACCAGAUUUCCUUUCGUGUUUUAUCGGAUUUCAGGAUGUGUGCACAUCCAAGUUGUCACAUGUGCAGAUAAGAUGUCAUACUUUUAAGGAUAGGAUCUGCAGAGGCUCUCUUGGUAGCUUCAUGAUAAAAAAAAAGUUGGCAAGAUUUCAGUCAACUGUUUGGCAAAGAUUAUUUACACUGAGAGUUUUGAGAAAAAAGCUAUCAUCAUGUAAAAAUAUGAGAAUUGAAACUUAAAAGUAGUUUUGCAGGCAUUAAUAUGACUAAGUUAGCUUUGGACAAGGUGUAACUUCUCUUUAAAGAAAAGUAGUUGAAGACUGUAUAAUGAACCUUUGUUUGCUUUUGUACAUUUAUGCAUCUUUGUCCCCUAAUGAAAUGCAAAUUGGCCCAAAGUGGAACAUGUACAUGUUCUUGAAGUGUUAUUUCCUUUUGUAAAUAGUCUUCUUGCAUCUGUUUGAACAGAUUCCGAGUUUCCUCAGCUUUCAACUGCUUGACAGUUAGGUCAACUCUUUAAUUAAUGCCUUAUAUGAAACAUGUUCCUGAAAAUGUCUUCAAAUUGAUCAAGUCUGUCACUGUCAACAGCUUUCAAAGGGCAAGGCCUCUUCAUGUCAUCUAGCAGCUUGAGAGCAAUUACUUGGGAUGUGUGGUGGUUGCAGUACAGUCUUUCAGGAAACUGGUUAUGGCUGUCAACCUUGUGUUUCAAUUGUAAUAUUUUUAUUCCUGUCUUUGAAAUGACUGAAGAUGGAAACCCUAUAUUACCAUUGUUCUUUGCUGCCCCAUUGUACAUGUAUUUUUCUGUACAUGGGUUGAAUAUGGUAUGAAAACUAAUACUUCUAACAGUAAUCUUGCCAAAUAAAUCAGUACACCCUAAUAAAUUAAAUUAGGGUCUGUUUGACACAGAGUUUAGAGCUGAAAUCCUAGGUAUGUUCUGGUUGUGAACUGUUCAGUUGGGUGUUGAUAUUCCCCCUACACUUUAAGGAAACUCCACCCAUCCUUUCACAAGUACAGAGUGGUUUCUAUGGUGAUAAGUACAGGAAGACUGCCUCAAUUUUUUUUUUUGGGGGGGGGCAUAUGCCCUCUUGAAUUAGAUUAGACAAACCUGCCCACAAUGCCAAUUUCAUUUAUACAGUGAUAACUUGGGUCCUGAUU